AUGUCCUCUGUUGUUUUUGUCAUGUUGACAUGUGCCUUUUGCUAUGGCCAUGAUGACUUUGAUGUGAUUGGUCUGACGUUCUGCAAAGAUCUGUAUGUACAAGUCCAACUGGGUCCAGCUGAGCCCACCAGCCCCCAAGGGCUCCUCACAGUCCUAUAGGAGUGAGUGCUGCACAAGUUGGGGGACAUUGUCUACCCCUUUACUUUGCAGAUGGCUGUCAACUUGCCCUGUUCAAUGACACUGCAGCCAGGUCCUGGAGAUAUAGAAAAGGCCUGUGGGAUUGACUUUGAAUUAAAGAGUGUCUGUGCUGAAAACCUGGAGGAGAAAAUCCCCAAGAGAGAUUCUGUGUGGCCAGUGGUUUGGAAAAUACAAUUUGCACCCCUGGAGCCAGGCCCUGGCCCCUGGACCCAGACCAUUCACUACUUCCUUCUGUCAGCUAAGCCUCUACAACUCCAGGCCUGGAUAGACAAAGAGGUUCACUACCAUGGCAAACCCAUCUCUGUCAUCAGUGCUAUCAACAACUGAACCAACAAGGUUAUCAAAAAAAUAAAAUGUUCAGAUGGCCAGAUCACAAAUGUUGUCCUGUAUUCACUAGACAAGUACACCAAGACCAUGUUAGUUCAGGAGUUCACAUGAACUAUAGCUGCUAACUCCAAUUUCUCCAAGAGCCUUACAAUAACCCCACUCCUGGCUGCCAACUGCCAGAAACAGAGCCUGGCAGUGGGUGGCAAACUCAAGUAUUGUGCUACCAGUCUGGCCUCCAGCACAAUAUAAGUUCAAAUUCUUCAACCUGGAAUGAACAAGGAGAUCCUGGGGAUUCUGGUGGCCUACAAAGUCAAAGUCACCCUGAUGGUGAUGCCAGGAGGCAUCUUAGGUGACCUGGCUGCCAGUGAUGUUGGCGUGCUGCUGCCCCUGAUACUGACGCACCCAAGCCAUCACAAGGGAAGCCAUGAGGCUGCAAGCUCAGAGGACAUAGUCAUCGAAUGA